AUGGUGCACCUCAUACUGGGCAACACCGCAUCACCUGCGAAGGAUGGGAAGCGAUACAAGUGGACGUUUUACGUGCGGGGUGCUACAGAAUACCUGGACUCUGUCACGAUCAAGCUACAUCCCACCUUCAAGGAUCCCGUGCGCACGUGUGAAGCAGCUCCCUUCGAGUUCACGUCCCGAGGUUGGGGAACCUUUGACAUUGCCGUCCUCCUCAAGUUCAAGGAGGGCACGACUCUGAGGACGUCUUGGGAGCUUCAGUUCGAUCACGAGGAUGCGAGCGGGCAGCUGGAAGUCCCGCACAGCAUUGCCAGCGCUGCAAGUUCGCCCCCGCAGCCGCCGCCAGCCCGUGAGACGGCCGAGGUGGCCGACACGGCCGACCCCAGCCCACCCCCUCCCCCGCCUCCUCCACCUCCUCAAGAGGAAGACCAUAGUGACAUUUACGGAGUGCGCGGCAGCAUCGCAGGCUGCGAUUCUACUGACGAAGCUGCCCCCGAGGCAGAUGAACCUGCACCCGAGCCUGGCCCAAGCCCACCGCCAGAGCUGCUGCGAGACACCAGCGCAGGCAAGGCGGACGACGACCCUUCGCGCUCUGCUGUUUGCCAGAGGCUCCGUGAGAUGGCCUUCAUGGACCCUUCGCAUACGCACUUCAUGUUCGGACGAGGCUACACGGGCCCCCUCCAAGCGCCCAAGGUGAUUUGGAAGAGCAGCCAGCCACCGCGGAAAGAUCAUUCCUGCCCGAAGUGGCUAACAGCCACAGAAUUCGAAGAUCAGCCGGAGGUUGCAGUUGCGAAGGUGCAGGAGUUGGCUCGGCUCAUCAAGCUCUCCAGGAAGACCGUGGCCUACACGGGUGCUGGCAUCUCGGCCGCUGUCAUCGGCCAGGCCGCGCUCUCCGGCCAGAACACGGUGGGGUGGAAGAACAACACCCGGGCUGCCCCGCCCACCUUCACGCACCACGCCUUGGGAUUUCUGGGACGUCAGGGCUUGCUUCAUGGUUGGGUGCAGCAGAACCAUGACGGCCUCCCUCAGAAGGCUGGCUUUCCACAAGAACGCAUCAAUGAGAUCCACGGCAGCUGGUAUGACCCCAGCAAUCCCGUGGUCAAGUAUAGUGGGACUCUCCAUGACAAGUCUUAUCCAUGGAUGCGGGAAGAUGCAGAAACAGCUGACCUUUGCCUGGUCCUUGGCACAAGCCUGGGUGGUCUCAAUGCGGACCAGGUAGCCACCAAGACUGCAGACCGGACACUGCUACCGCCAGCGCCGGCCAGUGGUGUCUUGGCUCCAGGCGCCUGGAUCUCGCUUCGACGUCCUGGCACAGCUCUGAAGGGACUGGUGACAGCCGUGGGUGACAGGACAAUCCAGGUGCGCUUCCGCUCAAGCAGCGAUGAGGACUCUGAGGAAGAGGACGACCGCUUGGCAGAGGCUGUAACCCUGUCCAAAGACGAGCGCUUCGAGAUCCUUCCAUCCGUUGGUGGGGGCUUGGGCACUGUGAUCCUAAACCUACAGCAAACAGCGCAGGACGGGAAGAUGACGCUGCGCCUUUUCGGCAAGUCGGAUGACAUCCUCCGCAUGCUGCUGCCAGAGCUUGGCUUUGGCCUUAGCAUCGUGCGGCCGCCUGAAUGGCCGAGGCAGGACAGGGCACUGGUGCCAUACGACAAGGAGGGUCGGCGCAGCUCGGGCAAGCGCAUGUGGCUGGACCUUCGAAAAGGACAAGCGAUCCGCAUAACGCCCGGGCACAACAUCCAGGGAGCGAAGCAGCCUGCCUAUAUGCACAUCGGUGCAAAGAGGCCCAUAGUCAUCAAGGGAGAGACUAAGCAGCCUGGGGUUGGGCUCGGCCACGUCCUGAACCGUUGCAACACAACCUGUAGCUUCAUCUUGCAGAUCGAAGGGGUCCAAAUGCGUUUGGGUGUCUGGUGGCUCGAGAGCGCCAUGCGAGGCGGGGUGACCCACUUGCCGAUUGUGAACAGAGACCCCUCCUUCGAGGUCCCCUGGCCAUGCCGCUGUACAGAUGGCAGCAUGAUGGAAAAGCGCCAGUCCAGGCCCGCACCUUUGUUGGACAACCCAAGUGUGGCGCUGUGCGUCAUCUCCAUGGCCAUGGACUUUUUCCUCUUCUUCGUGAGUUCUCUUGGGGUUAUUUUCGCAAGCUUAUUGCAACAAAGCUGCGACAUUCCGCUGUGGUGGUUCCUGGCGCUGGUAGGGCUGGUGGCCUCCAUCAGCGCAGUGCUCUAUGCCAAGAUGGCGUGGACGGAACAUGGCAGCGACAGGACGUGGACGAUUCACGGUUCUCUGGCCCUGGUCGUCUUCCUGGUGCAAGGAGGCACCAUGGUUUGGGGUGGAUAUCUCUGCUGGCUUGCCUUGGCGAGCUCACAAUGUGCCGUUGAUGUGCUGAACUUCACCCUUGUGUGCACUGGCCUGCUGGCACUGAUCGAGCUCAUCGGCUUCUUCUCGGUGUACUUCGUCUUCAUCCCUUCCUUCAUGAUGCAGCUUCGUGAUGCUGCGAAGUUUACGUAG